AUUCGGCGAUGUUGGAUGGUUGUCAUUUUGCUACUGUCGGACCUCUGCGGUCCUCUGCGUCGCGGCGCCGGCCGUCGCGUCACGUUCGUCUCUUACGUGCACGUUAAUCCAUGUUUCUGUGAACAGGUCGAAGGCGGCGACACCGAGACCUUUGCCACCACCAAAGAAGAAGAAUGGGUGAGCAAGAAGAAAACGGAAGUGAUAAACACGAAGCAGAUAGAGACGAGGGUGAAGAGACACGUGGUUUUGGAGGAUGGAAAGGUUGUGGAGGAUUCGGGGCCGCAGGUCACCACGAACACCACGGAAGAUUCGGAGACGCAGGAGCAUCAUCAGACGGAGUUGCGUAAGUUGGGCGAUGCGGAAGACGCGCAGAAGGAGGGACCCGCUGGAGCGCUCGAGGGAGGAGCAGGCGUCGCGACGCUGGACGUCGUCGACGGGGAUGUUUCGAAGUGGGUGGCGGUCGCGAAUCCCGAUGGUCUGGUUAGGGAAGUCAAGGAGCGAAAGGUCGUAUCUAGGGAAGAGACGGAGGAAAUCAAGGAGACGGAGGACGUGCAGCAUCUGGGGGACAUCACCGACGAGGAUUUCUUGUCGGCCGUUCAGAGCGGACACGGCGAUCUGCGGAAGGUGCUGAGGACGAGGGAAGCUGCCGGCGGGACACUCGUAUCGACUGGUCCCAGAGUGGUCAGGGAUACGAUAAAAACGAACAAAGUCACAGACACAGAAGAGACUCGAGAGUUGAGCUCGGUGCGAGAGGACGGAAAGAUCGUCACCGAGACGCAGAGGACGACCGAGCACGAAGAGUUAGACGAUAAGGAAUUGCCAGAAGAUGCGCCUGAAGUGAACACGCACAAGGAAUCCUCGCAAAGGUAUUUCAAGGCGCGAGAGCAGGAGGAAGUCGACUAUUAUGCUGAUGGUGAGCACAUCGCGCACGAGAUGAGGUUCAAAGCUGAGACGGCUGAAGGAGAAAGGAAAGGCGACGGUUUGGACGAUCCCGAUUGGGACUCGCUUUCAGCGAGGGCGAGGAGGAGGGCCAAUCAACGACAAGUCUUGCGUUACAGAGGUGGAAGUCCGAUGGAGCGUAAAGAUGCAUUGACGAAGAGGCCCUUGGAUUUCGAUCAGGAGGAGGAGACGCGUCGCGUCGAGACGUCCAAAUGGUUGGAGAAUCAUUUCGGAAGCGAAUCGAGAUCGUCGAAAGACUCUGUAGAUGAUGACGAUGCGGGGAAUCCGCCGAAAACGUCCUUCUUCAACGUUACAAUCAAAUCGAAGGAGGGCACGAACGCGACAAGGAGUUACGAGCAGGAGAGGACUUACGACAACGUGGAUCGUAGUUACGAGAGGAAUUACGAGGCUGAGAGGAGUUACGAGCCGGAACGUGAUGGUGCUGGAGGUGGUGGAGGCGGAGGUGUAAGUGGUGGAGUUGGCGGAGGAGGAUACUUCAAAGGAGUGAGCGAAUGGUCGGAAAGGAAGAGAUAUUCUCCUGGACAGAACAGAGAGUACAGGAAACCAUCGCCGGUGCCCGAUUACAGAUCGAGAACGCCGACCAGAGAACAGACUCCGACACCGCCGCAGAGGAAACGCAUCUCAGAGAGGCGACAAAGAGCCUCACAAGAAAGCAGGUACGACAGCGGUUACAGAACUCCGUCGAGGACGGAAGGACGCGACGAACCUCUGGAGGAACCACCACCAGACUACAGUCCACCAACUCCGCCGCCGAUUCUUCACCACGAGAAGAAAGUCCAUCAGAAGACGAGAUUCGCUGCGGACGCCGUUCCCAGAGAGACGAACGUCAAGGAGGCAACGCCUGCUGUCAAGCAGAAAACGGGAAACAUCAUCGGUCAGUCGAUAAGGAAGCUGGUAGGAAAGAUUCGGUCAGCGAGUGCUGAGAGGAAAGCUCGCCAAAGAGCGAAACGCAGUCCGAGUCCACCGUCGUACCAAGCGGGUCACCAGAUCGACAGAGAUAUUGCGACGACGAACGGCGGAGCUGCAAGAGGUUCAUCGGAUCAUCAUCACCAUCAUCAGCAACAUCAACAGCAGCAGCAGAACGGCGGCGGUGGCAGCACGAUGGAACGACCUGUGCAGAGGUACUACCUGGGAGAGGAUCCGUUCGCUGGAAGCAUCUACGGACGCGAGAACAAGUACGACGGGGUGCGACCGACGAGGACUUCCAGCAGGAAACCUGCGAUCAGGACCGAGUACCAGGAAGAAAGGUCUCAGAGUACGCUCGGACGAUUCAGCAAGUCGACGCCGAGACUUCAGAGCGAACCACCGCCAGCGAGAGCCUCGCAGACGCUGCCCAGACACAGCAACAACAAUAGCAACAACAACAACAGGCACGAGCAACCGACGAGAUUGGAGAAGAGCGAUCGCUCCAGCAGCACCAUCAACGUGUCCAUCAUCAACACAGUGAACACCAGACAGAACAGCGCUGUGCCCCCGGCGAAACCGGCCCGCACCUACAGGAACCUCUCGCGCAGUCAGAGCUUCAACGUCCAAGGACUCGCCGAAAAGGCAGGUAUGUACAAGUCGAAUCCUCAUCUGACCGGUGUCGGAGCGUCGCGACCCAAGGAGCCCGCACUUCUUGGCCUCAAGAGUCCCGGACUGAUCUCCAGCCUGAGCAGAAGUCAGCGCGAGUUGCGCGAUCCGGAGGAUGGAGGACAUCAUCAUCAUCAUCAGCAACAUCAAGGACAAGCGGGCACUGCCCGUUUCGCGAGAAACGGCACCAGUGACCAUCAGCACCACGUCACCGCCUCGACGGAGAACAGCAAGCGCAUCUUCAUGAAGGAUCUGAAGAGUCGCGCGCCGGAGCUCUUCAAGACUCUGCACGAGCACGAGGAUGACGGCCAGGCGACUCGAUCCAUAUUGAAGACGUCGCAGGGAGGAUCGUCCCGUUACGACAUGUACGAGCCGCCCACCAGGUUGAGUCGCGACGUUCCUCCUCCGCCCACGAACCACUACCUGCGACGCGGCAGCAACUCCAGCGACAACUACUCCGAGACCUACCACACCACCUCCAGGAGCGACGACCCGCACCGUCCGAGCGUCACCAACACCGUCAAGAGCUUCUCCAAGAAGACUCUGCCCUCCAAGGAUGGUCGCGGCCUCGAGACAAUCGAAUCCUCCGAGACCAGAUCGGUGACAAAGAGCCACCACUUCAGUCAACCACCGUCCAUCACUACUACCAGCAAUCAACGGUACUACGACAACGAACGCUACGGUAGCGUCAGCCCGGUUGUCAUCGAAGUAAGGAAUUACCCCAGGAAAUAAUGCGCAAUUUACAAAAUUACAUAAUCAAUACACCAUAAACAGAUAACUGCCACGCAUAAUAUCACAAUUCAAAAACAAAAAUCUAAUUAUAGAACAAUGUACAUAGUUUCUACAACAACAACAAAAAAAGUUUACACUCACUAAACAAAUUGAACAAAACUAAUCGAGCGUAUUUGUAUUACUAGUAAUUUAAUUUAUUUAUAAAUAACUUAAGCGUUAAGUAGAUUUUUGCUAGAUGUACAGUAGAUCGAAGAUACCUAAAUCAUUAAUCAAAGUGCCUUAUAUAUAUAUAUUAU